AUGGACACCGAAGUUGGGGACGAUGAAGGUGUUCAACACAAGGCGUUUCAUUACGCAUUCGAACGACUACACGUGAGGGGCCUCGCUGAAAGCGAGGUUUCUCAUCCUUCUUGGAACGCUUUCAAAAAAGCUGUUUCUCGUUCAAGACUGACCAUAGCGAUGAUGAAGCUCACCUUGUGCUGUAACUUCGACCACGGUGCUUGGAAGAGCGGGGAUCGUCUUGAGGCAAAACGCGACAGCUUUGAAGUCUACCUGAGCACAAAAGGCUCUGACUACUUUGAGGAAUUUGCUGAGUUGGUGGCUCACGACCGCAAUGAAGCCUUUGACCCUGAUCACCACCCUGCCGAAUGCAUGUCUGAGUGGAUGUCCAGCAAAGCUCUGAGAAACAGAGGGCUCUACGUGAAAACAAAGGCUUGGUUUGGCUUUCACGCUGCACUCAGAGAUCUGAUUGCUGAUUGGACAAUUCAGCUGGAGGAGAACGAUCAGUGCGAAGAUCUUCAUGUUGAGAGGGAUCGGGACAGGGAGGAAGAGGAGUUUGAUGGUGAUGUGGGAAGGCAGGAGCCUCGCACCAAGAGUGAACUCUAUGCCAUCUUCGGGAAGAAUGGACCAACUGCAAUGGUACUGGGGUUUAUGGAAGACCGCAAGCUGCAAAGCAUUGCGCGUAUUUUCGUUGAAAUUACAAGUCCACUGGAAAUGUCCUACUAUGACUAUGAGACCCUCGAAGCUUUGAGCAAAGGGUGGAAUGAACAAUCUAGGUGGGUGAGCAGAAGAGCCUCGGGCAGUUGGUACCAAGUAGUCAGUGGCAUAUUGGGUGUGUUGGAAACGUCCGUUUUCCAAGACAGGCUUCAUUUCACAAAACCGCUAAAGCCAGUGGCUUUGGAGGAGGGUGUGCCUGAGUGGGCACAGGGUGAGAUGGAGUUGCUGGAACUGGCAUUUGACUUUGCUGAAUGCUUGGCAGAAAACGUUCUGUGGAGCAAUGCUCGCUACUGGUGGAGCAUACCUGAAUUGCUGGCCACACUGUUACACUCCGAGCGGGGUGUGCGAAAAGCUGGAAUGCAGCAAAUGAAAACGAUAGUCGAGGCAGUUUUGGCAGCAGAGGCUCAUCAGUCAAGACAAAAGGAGUGGGCAGAGGUUCUUGCUGAUUUGGGCUGGCAGAAACAACAACUGCCACGAGAGGCUAUGGCCCUUCUUCUCCAAUGUGAGUUUGCACUGUCUGAUGUGAAGCUUCGAAAACUCAGCUCCAGACUGUUUGUUGGCUCACCGUCCACCAAGGACACACUGGAGAAUUGCUUUGCUUUUUUACACCGCAAGGCGGCAACCCACAGCACGAACGCCAAGAUGUCUGAUGCUUGCAAGUACACAUAUGCCAUUAUUUCACCUUACUCUGAAAGCGGCGGGGCACCCCAAGUACUUCCCAGUGCUCAGGAUUUCACUACGAUGCUUUCACCCCAAGGACAAGAAAUGAGAGACUGGUUGAAUCACCAUCUAUUCAGUCCGCAGAGAUCACUUUUCCCUUCAGGCAGGAAGCCAACAUUGCAAUCUGCAAGUGAGAUUUAUGAAUCCAAAUGGAGGAGUUCUGGGGUUCAGGCACAACAGCGGUCUGCAGCAGCAGCUGCUUAUUUGGUCGCUGAUGCUGCAAACAACUUCAGUCAUGUGGACGAUUGUUGGAUCGGCUUCUUGGCAAAAGACAGUGUGAAAGUUGUCUACUUCAAUGCAAGUCUCGAUGUGUGCACGCUUUGCUUGGGGAACCGGAAGUGGACCACUGCUGGCUUCCCAUUGAACGGAUCAGGAUUGAAGACGAGGACUACUGCUACAUGCACCUGA